GACUGCGCAUGCAAUACAUGCACCCAUCACAACAUGAAGAGAAAAGGUAGCGCCCAUGGCUGUGGAGGCGUCCGCAAGAAAGCAAAGGGCGCCGGUGACCAAUCCACUAAGGCCAUCGCUGUCAAUGCUACUCAUCCAGUCUUACAACGCCUCUAUCCCGAAGUCCUUACUCUGCGCCAGUAUCUGCUCUCUCGGCUUCCAAGCUCAUCGAAGAACAGGUACCGAAAGCUUUCGCAACUUGGAUGUGCAAUACCCGCUGGAGACAAAAGCACCACGGAUGACCUUGACAAUGCCGUUGUGCAGUUGCUCGACUCAGCAUUAGUAUGCACUGCAGGCGUCCAACCACAAAAGGACAAACCAACGCGUUUCACCGAGGAGCGUGAAAAGGAUAUCGAAGCAUUUACCCAGCAACGAUCGCAAAGCACUCCGGGCGGCACAUUCAAGCCGGGAUACUACAGGCAGUCCGAGAUCAUUGAUUUCGUAAUAUGGCGCUUGUUCAAAAGUUCAACAUCUCACAAACCAGCACACUUACUCUGCUAUGGCUUUCAAAGAGCAGCAGGCAGCAAUCGCCGUGCACAAGGGAACAACGAUAAUCCAAGCCCAUCUAUUCCUGGUCUGCAAGAACGCCUACCUAAUAGCUUCGCGAAGACUUUGAAAGAGCCAGUAUGGUGUCGAUUGCACGCAUUGCUCGGUCAGGGCGGCGAUCGCAUUAUCAUAGACAUGCUUCUGGAGUGCUCCAUAUUCAUCCCAGUCAACGCUGAUACGGGCAACUACUACCAACUCUCUGGAGUUCCUGUGCAUGAGGUGAAAUCAGAUGAAAAUCAGAAGAGCAACAUCGCAAGAGUCAAUGCGGAUAAGGAAGGGCCAACCAAGCCUUCACACCUCAAGAUUGAAAGCAAAAAGCCUGGUGCUAUUACAUUUGUGCGCAGUCGCAUGCUAUACGCUAAAGCAGCGCUCAAUGCAAAAGGUGGUGUGAGAUUCGGCAUGCGCCAUAUUCAUGUUCUCAAUCGAUUCACCAAUCGAGAAGACAAGCAAGAGACGAUACAUAUCAUGCGGUAUAUCUUCCCCCGUCAAUUCGGCUUGCACAACGUCUUCACUUCCAAGGUGGAUCCGCGUGAGACAGCCAUGCCUUUCAAGGACUACACGCUGCGCGAGAAGGAUAUACAUACCGCCAUGUGCCGGGAGCUAGGUCCCAAAGGAUUAGAUGCCCAGGAAAUAGCCAAGUGGAAACAGCGAACACCCAAGAGACUCCGGGGUGACGCUGUUAAACUGGUGGACAGACUUCGGGUUCGCAACCAGCGGUGCUCGUAUAUGGAGAUGCUUCGUCAUUACUGUCCAAUCGAGGGGGUACCCGUGUCAACGAAGCCAGAUUGGAGGAAGAGCGCUCUUCAGCCGAAGGCAGAUGUACCAUCAGUCGCGGAUCUAGUCAAUCGUCGCACAAAAGCGCGACCUUUUUCUGUAAAUUCCACUGUUCAAGAAACCUGUUUCACAGAUCUGGCAUGUCCAGCAGCACAUGUAUCGGCCUUUUGUCGCGCAGUCAUAUCCAAAGUUAUACCGGAAGGAUUCUGGGGCAACGAGCAUAACAAGCACAAUCUCAUGUAUUGGGUGGACCAAUUCUUAGACAUGCGCAGAUUCGAGUCGCUUAAUCUACAUCAGGUUACACAGCACAUACAGGUACGUAUUUCCCUACAUUGAGCAUAGAGCUAUGCUGACAGAUUCUAGAUCACGAACAUAGCCUGGUUGCGCCCACCCAGCCAAGACGACGACACAAAGGUAGCCAAGUCGGACAUAGAUAAGCGUACGGAGAUAUUUCUCGAGUUCGUCUACUGGCUCUUCGACUCUUUCCUCGUUCCUUUGGUCCGGUCAAACUUCCACGUAACGGAGUCCAACGCGCAUCGGAACAGACUCUUCUAUUUCCGCCACGAUAUAUGGCGGAUGUUGACAGAGCCCGCUUUGAA